AUGGAACAGUCCCGACUUCGAAGUUCGAGAACGCUGGCUCUAGGCCCUCUAGGAGCUUGGGCCCUAAAAGCGGGUCCCGGGCUACCCCUGGGGUCUGGGGGCCUGGACUCUUGGAGCCUUGGAGGCUGGAGCCUUGGCCGGGCUGGACUUAAGCGAGUUAACGUCCGACUGCUGAGUGCUGACUCUGGACUCUGGAGUCUGGUGGGGGGUAUUUAUCUCUCUCAAAAGUCGAGAUUCUCUGGGACCCUGAGUCCCUGUCUCCUGCCAAUGAAAUGA